AUGUCAGAUGGGCAAUUCAGUGAUUACGAAGAGGAUUUAACCGUCAAGGUUAAGUCGGUGCGGUUUUCAGAUGUCCCACAAAUUAAAAACCUCAGCAGUGAAAGUGAAGAUGACGACGACUUUGAUUCGGACGAAUAUUUUCACGAUUCUGACGAUCCCAGUCUGAACAAGAAAAAAACCAAUGUUAACGCUCAAGCACCUUCGACUAAAAUUACUUCAUAUCAACCAAGCCAAAAACUAUUCAAGAAAUUUGAAAACAAGAUAUAUGUAGGCAAAUAUGAACCCAUGUCUAAAAGUACUGAGAAAUUUAUGAACCAAAAUGACAGAAAAAUUGAUAGUGAGAAGAAUCGGACUCGGGACAAACAUGACCGUGCCACAGCUGAACAGGUUAUAGAUCCAGUCACUCAAAGGAUCUUGUUUAAAUUGUUGAACAGAGGCAUUAUACAUCAACUUAAUGGUUGCAUUUCUACAGGUAAAGAAGCCAAUGUUUACCAUGGUACUUCUAAAGAUCGUAAACACUAUGCCUUAAAAAUUUUCAAAACAUCUAUUUUAGUCUUCAGAGAUAGAGAUAAGUAUGUAUCAGGAGAGUAUCGAUUCAGGAACGGUUAUAGCAAAGCAAAUCCUCGUAAAAUGGUUUGCACUUGGGCUGAGAAAGAAAUGAGAAACCUUGUAAGGAUGUAUAAUGCCAACCUAAGAGUACCUCAACCAAUCAUUUUACGCAGCCAUGUGUUGGUAAUGUCCUUUAUGGGUGAAGAUGGUUGGCCGUCACCAAAACUGAAAGAUGUUGAAAUAUCAGAAACAGUUGCUCGCUCUUUAUAUAGAGAUUGUAUAAUAAUGAUGUGGAAAAUGUUUAAUAUUUGUAAACUAGUCCAUGCUGACUUGUCUGAGUUUAAUAUGCUGUAUCACGAGGGAAAUAUUGUAAUCAUUGAUGUAUCACAGUCUGUAGAACAUGAUCAUCCACAUGCUUUUGAAUUCUUACGUAAAGAUUGUACAAACAUAUCAGAUUUCUUUAGAAGAAAACAUGUGGGAACAUUGACGGUUAAAGAAUUGUUUGACUUUAUAACAGAUUCCACAAUUAAUGAACAAAACUUUGAGGAUUGUCUUGAAAAAUUGUCUGAGAAGGCUGCAUCAAGGAACUUUGAUGAAAUGACAGCACAAGAAAAGAUUGAAGAAGAGACUUUCAAGACUGUGUACAUACCAAAAAGGCUCAAUGAGGUUAUUAAUUAUGAACAAGACAUCACUAAAGCCAAGAAAGGUGAAACAGAAGACCUUACAUACAAAAAGAUAGCUGGUUUCAAUGAAGAUCUGACAGGAACAGCUGUUAAACCAGAGAUACUAAAGGAUGUGGAGAUUUCAGAGUCUGGUUCAGAAAGCAGUUCAGAAGAGGAAGGUGAUGAGGAGAAAUCAAAAUUUAAGAGCUGUGCACGACCUAGAGACGAGUCACCUAACAGCAAAAAGGCUAGGAAAAAGGCAAUUAAAGAAGAAAAGGCAGAAAAAAGGAAAACGAAGACAAAGAAACAUGUAAAAAAGCGACGAGACAAAUUAUCACAGAAGAAAUAA